AUGGAUACCAUUGAUGUAAUUGGCGUGGCUCCCGUUUAUGUGAUUAACAUGGCUAUGCAGACAGUGAGCCCCAGUGGUAAUAUAUUCGGGGGUUGGCGCAGGUAA